CUGGGCUCCCAGUUGUCAACUGUAGACCCCUGCAAGGAGAAUGUUCCAGAACAAAGCUGGGAUCCUUAUGGCCCUCACCCUGGCUUUCCUGCUCAACCUCCAAGGAGCUGAGGCCAUCACGGCGGAGCAUGUGUCAGUGUUUGUCAUAUUUGCGCAGACGCACGAACCAUCAGGGGAGUGUAUGGCUGAAUUCGAUGAGGAUGAAAUGUUCUACGUGGAUCUGGACAAGAAACAGGUGAUGUGGCACCUGCCGGAGUUUGGUCGCACCUUUUCCGCGGAGGCUCAGGGCGGCCUGGCCAAUAUUGCUACAGCCAAGUCAAACUUGAAUGCCUAUAUCCAGCGCUCCAACCACACCCAGGCCCCCAGCGAGCCCCCGGAGGUGAUCGUGUUUCCCAAGGAGCCAGUGGAGCUGGGCCAGCCCAACACACUCAUCUGCCACAUAGACAAGUUCUUCCCACCGGUGCUCAACGUCACGUGGCUGCGUAACGGGCAGCCGGUCACCGAGGGGGUCUCUGAGACCGUCUUCCUGGCCAGCACCGAAUUCAGAUUCCGCAAGUUCCACUACCUGACAUUCGUGCCCUCAGCCGAUGACGUCUACGACUGCAGGGUGGAGCACUGGGGCCUGGACGCGCCGCUCCUCACGCACUGGGAGGCCCAGGAGCCGAUCCAGAUGUCCGAGACAACAGAGACUGUGGUCUGUGCCCUGGGCCUGGUGGUGGGCCUGGCGGGCGUCGUGGUUGGCAUCGUCCUCAUCGUAAAGGCUCUGCGCUCCAGUCCUGAUCCCCGGGCCCGUGGGCCCCUGUGAGUUACUGUGGAGGCCAUUAGCAGAGAGCUGGAUCAGAAGAGGAGCAGCUGGGACUUGAACCGGGGUCCAUACAAGAUGCCAGCCCUGCAAGUGGAGCGCCAGCCCUGUUUUCGACUUUUUAAAAGAAGUCUCCCAAUACUGAGAUCUCAAAGACACUCUUACACCUUUCUAUAGUUUAAAAUUUCACAUUUAGUUCUUUAGUUCAUCUAGGAUAUACCUUUUUGUUUGAUGGAGAUCUGGCCUUGUUUUUCUCCAUCCACUUAGUGGACCAGGCACCCAACAACUUCUCCUCAGGAGCUGUAGUUUGUGGUUGAGUUUAUUAAACUGAGAGUUUGUGUAAUA